CCGCACCGCACGCCAUCGUCGUCGUCGUCGUCACACACAACAAGAGCGAAGAAGCGGCAGCCUGCCUAUUCCCGUCUUCCGCCGGCCCGUUCCGCCGAACACGCCUCCAGGUCUCCUUCCGCCCGAGCACGCCACCUCGGAUCCCCCUCCCCGCUCACGUGCGCGGGCGACACCGCGCCCUCCUCCACCGGCCACUCCUCUCCUCCCCCCACCUGUCCACCGAACGGCGGCGUCGAGUGGGGAUCCCUCGGGACUGGUUGGGAAGAAUCAGCAUGCUCUACAGAGAAGUGUUGCAGAAGACUAAAAGGAGUUUGGGAAGAUUGCAGAAUUACCAAAAAAAGAUUUGCCCUUCAGCUUCUGAGUCCUUCAAUCCUCUAGUCCGUUGAAGAACAAAGCCAGGAGUUCUGACUAAAGACGACAAUCACAACACAUUAGCCCUCAUUACCUCUUCCAACAGCAUGGCACUGAAAAAUGUGAUCCGUUUCAUUUUGGUGCUGACCCAUGUGAGCAGUUGUUUGGCUCGAUCAGGGAACAUGUUCUCUCCUGGCUUUGUUUCUGCGUCGAAGUCAUUACCAGGCUGGCCAAUUUUGAGUGCAGGAACAUCUGUAACUGUUGCUCUUGUUCUGUCGUUGUUUCUAACCUUUGAGCAUCUGUGUGCAUACCAUCAACCUGAGGAGCAAAAAUUCAUGAUUGGCCUUAUUCUGAUGGUUCCAGUAUAUGCUGUUCAAUCAUUCUUCUCAUUACUGAAUUCGAAUGUUGCAUUCAUCUGUGAACUGAUGCGGGACUGUUACGAGGCAUUUGCCAUGUAUUGCUUCGAGAGAUAUUUGAUAGCAUGCUUAGGUGGGGAGGAAAGUACCAUUAGGUUUAUGGAGGGUCGGCUUCAAAUCAGUGAGAGCUCGCCUCUGCUAGAUGAUGAUUAUGAUUAUGAUUAUGGCAUUGUGAAGCAUCCUUUCCCAUUGAACUGCUUCAUGAGAAAUUGGUACCUUGGUCCCGACUUCUACCAUGCUGUGAAGAUUGGUAUUGUUCAAUAUAUGAUCCUUAAGCCUAUUUGUGCUGUCUUGGCAAUAUUCAUGGAGCUUCUAGGAAUCUAUGGAGAAGGAAAGUUUGCAUGGAAAUAUGGGUAUCCAUAUUUGGCUGUUGUACUAAAUUUCAGCCAGACAUGGGCGUUAUAUUGCCUUAUACAGUUCUAUACUGCUACCAAGGAGAAGCUGGAACCUAUUAAACCUCUGUCUAAGUUUCUUACUUUCAAAUCUAUUGUAUUCUUGACCUGGUGGCAAGGUGUUGCUGUUGCAUUUCUUUUCUCAACUGGGCUUUUUAAAGGACAUUUGGCACAAAGAUUGCAAACACGUAUCCAGGAUUACAUUAUAUGCCUUGAGAUGGGGGUUGCAGCUGUGGUUCAUUUGAAAGUAUUUCCAGCUAAACCUUACAGACGUGGGGAAAGAAGUGUUUGCAAUGUUGCUGUCAUGUCUGAUUAUGCCUCUCUGGGAGCUCCAGAUCCUGAAGAAGUCGGAGGAGGGAUUGACAGCUUAACAGUAUUGCAAACUCCUCCUGGUACCAAAGACAGGCGGUUGAGUUUUCCUCAGAGCGUUCGUGAUGUUGUGUUGGGGAGCGGCGAAAUCAUGGUUGAUGACGUAAAAUAUACAGUUUCCCAUGUUGUGGAGCCUAUGGAGCGGAGAUUUACCAAGAUUAACAAGACAAUUCAUCAAAUUUCUGAAAACGUCAAGCAGCUCGAGAAGCAAAAGAGGAAAGCAAAGGAUGACAGUCAUAUUCCCCUAGAACCAUGGUCAGAGGAAUUUUCAGAAGCUCAUGAUCAUGUUGUGGGUGGUAGUGUUAGUGAUAGCGGAUUAGCUAAGACAAGGUACAAUAGACCCCGGAGGUCAUUUGAGUCCAGAUUGCGCAGAUGGUUCUAGCAGGCAGUCAGUGUUGGUGGGUUAAUUGAUUUUGAUUUUGACCAACGGAGGGGGUUAACCUUUAACCCCAGUGGGUUAUACGUCAUAGGACAGCAAGGAAAAAAUAACAACAAAUCUGACCACUAGUAGUUAGCAGGAGGUUGCUUCAGACUUUCAGUUACCGCCCCUAGCUACUUCCUCUUGUUUAUAGCUGACCCUGGCUCUUCCCGUUUCAGGAGGCAGUAGUUACAUGAGUCUUUGAUGUGUGAGCGUCCUUGUUUAGAACUUACCUGAAGUGCAGGCAAAUACUGAUGUAACCGGACCCUUCGCCCCCAGAGUUUGUUGGAAUAAAUAUGCAUUCAGGGGAGAGAUUUGUAUGAUACUUUAAA